AUCUUCGAGAUAUUUGUCAGUUCUCCGGUAGAGUUAGGCCGUUAUGAAGUGUGUGCUCGUAAUUUCGGCUUUACCACGCGAUAUUGUUUUUCGGUUUCGCGAUUAACGGUUGUGGGUUUUCAUAAAUUUAGAGUAGUUAAUUAAUUUGGAAAAUUACUCAUUGUAUUAGCUCAUUGGUCGGAUUUUAGUGGUGUUGUCGCGUUACAAAGUGAUCGUUACUUUAUUUGCGGCCACGUGUAGUCCGAUUCUUACUGCAUUUCUAAUAAAAUGGUGUUUCAUUUAAAUUUAAAUUUGUUUCUAAUUUUGUGUAUCGGAUGUCUCAGUGUGUACGCUAAUAAUAAUACCAAUCGACCAUUUCCAAGAUGUCUCGAGAGACAGUAUCACUGCGAUAAUGGACGGUGUGUACCUUGGGCGUGGGUAUGCGAAGGAGAAAACGAUUGCGGAGAUAACAGCGACGAAAAACCAUCGCUUUGUACAGGCAAUAGAACCUGUGCAGAAAAUGAAUUCCGAUGCGGGAGUGGAAACUGCAUUCCGAAGCAUUGGAGCUGUGAUGGUGAAAGAGACUGCUCCGACGCAAGUGAUGAAAGCCCUGCAAUUUGUCAAAAACGGAUUUGCGGCUCGGACGAGUUUACAUGCCGGGCAACAUCCGGCGAAUGUGUACCUCUAACGUGGAUGUGCGACGAUAAUCCGGAUUGUUCGGAUGGGUCUGACGAAAAAUCUUGCAACGAAACAUGUCGUUCGGAUGAGUUUACAUGCGGUAAUGGUAAAUGCAUACAACGAAGAUGGAUAUGCGAUCAUGAUGACGAUUGUGGAGACGGCACAGACGAGCUAAAUUGCCCAGACCCAACCUGUGAGGCUAAUCAACAUAUGUGCGGCGAUGGCACUUGUGUAUCGAAGCGAUGGAAAUGCGAUGGCGAUUUCGAUUGCAUAGAUCAUUCAGAUGAGAAGGGGUGUCCGCCUUUACCACCGAAGACCAUAAGUCAAUGUAUGUCUAUGGAGUACGAGUGUCGAGAUAGACUUUCAUGCGUCCAUAGGCAAUGGGUAUGCGAUGGCGAAAAAGACUGUACGGAUGGUUCGGACGAGGCGAGUGAUUUGUGUAGAAAUUCCACGUGUCGACCGGAUCAGUUCUCGUGUAAUAAUCGCGAAUGCAUACCUGGUCAUUUGCACUGUAACGGCCAACCCGACUGCUCGGAUGGUACUGAUGAAUUGGAGUGUGAGGGUGUAGUGAGAAAAUGCGACAGAAAGAAUGAAUUCGAAUGCGGAGGUGGUAUGUGUAUAUCAUGGAGUGAUGUUUGCAAUGGACAUGUAGACUGCCCAAGUGGCGAGGAUGAACCUAAAGAAGGCUGUGAUAUCAACGAAUGUGCUGUAAAGAAUGGUAAUUGUUCACAAUUGUGCGUCGAUUUACCGUUAGGCUACAGAUGCGAUUGUAAACCUGGAUACGAAUUGACUGAUAAUCGAACUUGCGCUGACAUUGACGAAUGCGCUAUACCAGGAAGUUGUUCUCAACAUUGUAUCAACGAAAAAGGUUCGUUCAAAUGCGAAUGUGUCGAUGGCUACAUGCGUGAUCCAAAUGAUCACACUAAAUGCAAAGCGACCGAAGGUCAUGCUUCCAUAUUGUUUGCAAGGCGGCACGAUAUUAGAAAAAUUUCAAUCGAUCAUCGCGAGAUGUCUGUCAUCGUUAAUAAUACCAAAUCAGCAACUGCUCUGGAUUUCGUUUUCCGAACAGGAAUGAUAUUUUGGAGCGAUAUUGCCGAACGUAAAAUAUACAAAGCUCCGAUCGAUGAAGGCGAUGAUCGAACGGUGGUCAUAACGAACGAUGUAACGUCAUCGGAUGGAUUAGCGGUCGAUUGGAUAUACAACCAUAUCUAUUGGUCGGAUUCGAAGAAGAAUACCAUCGAGUUAUCUAAUUUCGAAGGAAAUAUGAGAAAAACGUUGAUAAAAUCUUCGAUCGAUUCGCCAAGAGGUAUAGCUGUUAAUCCUCUGUUAGGCUGGCUGUUUUGGACGGAUUGGGGUAUAAAUGCUCGUAUCGAAAGAGCCGGUAUGGACGGUUCGCAUCGACAAGCUAUCAUUACCUACGACGUCAAAUGGCCUAAUGGUCUAACGUUAGAUCUAGUCCAAGAGCGUAUCUACUGGGUAGACGCUAAAUUAAAUAUCAUUUCAUCGAGUAAUUACGAUGGCCAAGAAAGACGUGUUAUAUUAUACUCGCUGACUGCAUUAAAACACCCAUUCUCUAUCAGCACAUUUGAAGAUUGGUUAUACUGGACGGAUUGGGAUAAGCAUACUAUUUAUAAAGCCAACAAACACAAUGGAAAAAACCUAAGUAACAUUACGCCAUUACAUAUGAUGAGAAAUCCGAUGGUGAUACACGUGUAUCAUCCGUACAGACAACCAGACGGUGUGAAUUAUUGCGCCGCAGUCAACGGCCAUUGUUCACACUUGUGCUUACCAGCUCCUCAGAUUAAUGCUAAGUCACCAAAGAUAUCGUGUGAUUGUCCAGACGGCCUUUCCUUAAUGGAAGACGGUCUCAUGUGUGCUGAAGGAGGUGGUGAUCGACCUUCGGUUAUACGGGUAAUGGAUGGGAAACUUACGAAUUUCAAAUCAUUAUUAUCGAUUUCGUCUUAUAUAGAACACAAUGGAACUCAUGUUACCACUUCAUAUUUGAAUGAGACUGAUUCUGGCUUAUUAGCCGCUAUUGUUAUUGGUUGUGCAUCAGCAAUUAUUAUUAUUUUAUCAGUAAUUUCAUUCCUAUUUUAUCGCCAAUACCUUCAUCGUAAUUUAACAAGAAUGAAUUUCGAUAAUCCAGUUUAUAGAAAAACCACCGAAGAUCAGUUUUCCUUAGAAAAAAGUCAAUAUCAGCCUGCGAGGAUCUUCCCACCAGCUUUAAUCGAAGAGCAUAUCGAAUACUUGGCGCACGAACCAUUAACUGGUGGAAACGAGCACGUGUAAAACUCAGGAAGUUGGUAAUCGUAUCCUUGUGUGGCUGGUGCAUCCCAUUUUUUCCAUACUAGUCAAGAAAAUUAUCUUCGUCGUUACGUUUUCAUACGCUGUUAUUCGUUAAUUUUAUUAUUUAUUCGGCGUAAAUAAUUAGUAUAAUGAGAGGGUCUAUGAAACGUAACAAUGGCUUAUUUAUUGUGAAUUACAAAUUUUUUGUACAGCGUAUUUUUAAUUUGAUUUUUCGCUUAGUCGUCACUGUUGAUGUAUUUCGAUAGCGCCGUCGUGUAUUUAUAUGUAGAAUUAUUGAUAUUUUAAACGAGAGAAAAAAAAGGUGUUUUUAUGUACAUGAAUCUUUUUAAUGUUGCCAUACGAAGAGUUUGGUGGUUUUAUGACUUGUUUUUUUUUCAAUUAUCGUUAUGAAUUAGAUAUUUUGUUCCUGCAUUAUUAUUAUUUUUCUAAGAGUAUUCGAAUUAAGUAUUUAAUUUUGCGUUGCGUCGUAAUGUUUUUUUUUUAGCAAAUUGUUUUAUUUUUUUCGUAGCUCUUCGAAGCAAGUUGUGUGUUGAAUAAUUUUCAUUGAUCGUUGAAAAGAAUUUUCAAAGGAUUUUGAUCUCAUAGUAAUUAAACAUACAAGUGUUGUUUUUUUUAAUUUUUUUUUUUUUUUAAAUCGGGCCGCUCGUGAAUGCGAUUUUAUGUAAAUUUUAUGUAAGCUUUCGAAUUAAUUUAUUGCUGUAUUGAGCGCUUGGCCCAAAAAAAGCAGUUUUAAAUUACCAUUGUUAAUUUUUAUGAAAUGCUUGGUUGGCAUUCGAUUUAGUUUUUAAUUUAUUUAUUUGCGAGUUUGUUUUCGAUUUUCAGUGCACAUUUAAAGUUGAUUCUUUAAGAUACAAAAAAGCGUCAUAUCAUUCGAAAUUUACCAUAUUUUUUUAUCGAAUGAAGUUGGCGAGUUGAAGUAGUUUGGUGUGCAGGGAACUGAAAGGAUUAGCAUUUGAAAGGAAGAAUUAUGAUUUUUUGAUCUUAUUGUUUUUGUAACUUUGUUUUUGUUGUAUACAUUUUUAAAGGGAAUGUGAAAAAAUCAAGGUUGAUGGUGCGAGUAAAGUAUUUAAUAAAGAGUGGUCGUGAAAGUGUGAAUGUGUUUUCGUUUUAUCAUCUUUUUGAAAAAGAUGAAAAUAAAUCAAUCUUUAGCUCAAAAAAAAAAAAGUCGCGUCGCGUCUUAUUGCUAGGGCACGUAUACAUUACGUUUUGAGAUAGGAAAUGAGCAUUUUCAAGCCCUUCGCAUUUCAAACUGAAUCUAUAUUUAGUGUGGAAUGCGAUUGGCUAAAGAUGUUUAUUUUCAAUCGUAAUAAAGUUCAAACAAAAUACUACACGCGUGAAUAUGAAACUCAAAAUGUGUACGUGCCUCUAAAAGUUCUGUGUAAUUACCUUUAAAUAUCCUCCUUUUUUAUUGUAAUAUAAUAGUUCUAUUAAAUGAGUUUUGUUACUGAGUAGUGACUUUUUUAUCUAAAUUUAUUGAUAUGAAACAUCAUUAUAGAUAUCUAUUUAAAAGCCGUACGUUUUGGAAGGUUUUAAUUCCAAACUCAAUGUACCAGAUUUGAAUUCGUGUUUUUCUUUCUUUAUUACCUAUUAUUUAUUUUUUUUAUGUCAUCCGAUGUAUUAUUUCAAAGAAUAAAGAAUUUUCUUUUAAA